GUUCUUCCGCCGCUGGCUUUACCCGUCAUGCCUGGCGGCCGUUGCUAGGUGAUGGCCUAGGCGGCAAGUUCGGUUGGGGGAGGGUCGUGCAUCCUGGAAGUUGCUGGUACAGAGGGGGGAGCCCGGACGCCUGGGUUCCCAAUACCCCUGCGGGCCCGCCCCUCAGGGGCCGGGAAGGAUGGAAUCCAGCACGGCUCUGUUCUCUGUCCAGGGGAGCCCCUUCGCCAUGAAGAGCCCAGCCCGGAGCCACUACCACCCCUCACCUACCCGCCUGCCCGGCCCACAGCACCAGUGCAUGACGCUGAGCCCGGCCCGCCUGCUGACCGGUGUCCCUGCCCUCGCCCCGCACCGACGGUGCCCCCCUGAUCCCACAGCCUCCAGCCCCCCAGACCUCAGCUUCCUGCAGGGCCCCAGCUGCCAGGGGACAGCUCUGGACUCGGACUCCACCAACCCCUUCCCCGAAUCGUGGCCCUCGACCGAGCGCAGCUCCCCUAGCACCCCCCAGGAGACGCCAGCCUUGAGGCUAGGGGGCCCAGGGGCUGCCUCAGCCCAGGAUGGGGAGUCCAUCAUUGCCAAGUACAUAGAGCGUUUCCGCCAUGGGCAGCCGAGAAGCCGCAGCCAGCGCCAGGUGCCCCCCAUCUCCACAGCCAGGGAGUUCUGGUGGCUGGAGCCAGCACCUCCCUCUGACAGCUCCACCCCAAAACGGGGGACAAAGCCAGACUGUGCCAAGCUGGAAGAGGCCAGGCCAGGAUGGGCGCUUGUCAGUCCCCCGCUGCGCCCCAUGGGGGCCCCCUCAGACACCUCCCCACUGGAGUCGCCUGACCCCGACAGCCACAGCCUGCAGGAGAGAGCCACUCGGCUGCUGCUGAGAAGUGAGUCCUCCCUGAGCAGCACCAUCCCCGUCAGCUCUGAGGGGCUGCGCUCCACACCUCCAUCCAGCACCAUGGACUCGGACCAGGCGCUUCCCAGCCCCUCUCACCUCUCCCUGCCGGAGCCCUCCCCAGAGCCCCUGCCCCCUGCCUGCUGGCCUCCUGCCCGUAUCCCACAAUGCUCCUCUUCCACUCGGCCAGAGGACGACAUCCUGUUCCAGUGGCGCCUGCGUCGGAAGAUGGAGCAGGCAAGCCAGGCUGGCAGGUCGCUGCCCCUGCUGGACUGGAGGACUCAGCUGGCCUGGGGCCCAAGGACGGGCCAUGGGGCGUGCAUGGCACGUCCUGGCGUUGGGCUGCUGCCAGGUGCAGUGGCAUGGAGGAGCGGAGAUGGUGCUGCGUUCCCAGCACCUGCUGCCCAGCCAGAAGUCAGAUCUGGCCUGGAGUGGGCACCAGGACCCUCUGCUCUUCGCCAAGAGAUGGGGCACCACCUGGAGGUGCCCUUCCUGAGUGCUAAGCCAGCUGUGGGGCAGAACCCCAUAGCUGUCCACGUCCUGAGGCAGCUGGCAUCUGCUGCCACCCCCUCCAGCACACCACAGCCUGAGGGAGAUAGAGGAGGAGCUGCAGAGAGGUGGAGCUCUAAGGAUGCUUGGCAGGGAGUGGGACCAGCGGAACAUCGCGCCUCCCAGGAUGCUCGGUGGGGAGCGGGACCGGCAGAGCAGCCUGUCUUGCAGGAUGCUCAGUGGGCAGCAGGACCAUCGGAGCGGCCUGUUUCGCAGGCUGCUCGGCGGGCAGUGGGACAGGCGGAGCGGCCCGGCUACCAGGCAGCUCGGCGGGCAGUGGGACAGGCGGAGCGGCCCGGCUACCAGGCAGCUCGGCGGGCAGUGGGACAGGCGGAGCUGCCCAGCUCCCAGGAUGCUCAGCGAGCAGUGGGACCGGUGGAGUGGCCCGGCUCCCAGGAUGCUCAGCGAGCAGCGGGAUCGGGGGAGCGGCCCGUCUCCCAGGAUGCUCAGCGAGCAGCGGGACCGGCGGAGCGGCCCGUCUCCCAGGAUGCUCGGCGGGCAGCGGGACCGGCGGAGCAGCCCAUCUCCCAGGAUGCUCGGCGGGCAGUAGGAUCGGGGGAGCGGCCCAUCUCCCAGGAUGCUCGGCGAGCAGUGGGACCAGCGGAGCUGCCCAGCUCCCAGGAUGCUCAAUGGGCAGCGGGACCAGCGGAGCGGCCCAGCUCCCAGGAUGCUCAGCGAGCAGCGGGAUCGGGGGAGCGGCCCGUCUCCCUGGAUGCUCAGCGAGCAGUGGGACCAGUGGAGCGGCCUGGCUCCCAGGAUGCUCACUGGGCAGCGGGAUCGGGGGAGCGGCCCAACUCCCAGGAUGCUCGGCGAGCAGCAGGACCGGCGGAGCGGUCCAGCUCCCGGGAUGCUCGGCGGGCAGCGGGACCGGCGGAGCGGCCCAGCUCCCAGGAUGCUCAGCGAGCAGCGGGAUCGGGGGAGCGGCCCAGCUCCCGGGAUGCUCGGCGGGCAGCAGGACCAGCGGAGCGGCACGGCUCCCGGGAUGCUCAGCGGGAAGCCUGGGCAGUGGGUGUGGUACAGCACAUGCCUAAAGAGACCGAGCGGCCUUCCAAGCCUCAGCCGUGGCGAGGCAGAGCUGCCACGGAGCCAGAGGCAAACCCCAGCUGGAGCAGAAGAGGCUUGAAGGAGGAAUCAUCCAUCCACAGUGUCCUGGGGCAGGUGAUCUCUGAGAGGCUGUUCUCCCCCCCAGCAUCCCACCCCCCUACCAGGGGAUGCCAGUCAGGGGAGGGAGCAGUCUCCCCUCCAGAGCAGAGUGCAGCAGAGAAACUCCCGGCCCCUGGUUCCCAGCACCCACAGCUGCUGCAGCUGGCGGUUCAGCUGCUAGAGGAGGCGGAGGAAUCAGAUGGCACUGAAUUCGAGGAGGAUCCACUGCUGGAGGUGCUGCGGGGCCAGCGGGAGGAUCUGCGCAGCCAGCUCCGGGCCGUCGACAUCGCAGUGUCCAGGCUCGUGUCCCAGGGCUUGGCUGAGCCACUCAGCCGCCCCCGCUGAGGGUCUCUGGGUCUCCCUCCCUCCCGGCCCUGCUCUGUCUGGAAUCGGCCUGGGGGGCUGUUAACAAUAUUCUGAGCCGGGGUGACUAGCUGUGAGUCCACAUGCCCCCAUCUCGGGGCCGAGUCAGCCCAGAGCUGGAGGUGGGCGAAUCUGCCAGCUCCCCUCGGGCCAGAUAGGCUACCUAGCGCCGCCUGCACCUCAGCCAGGACCUCGCACCCUUGGGGGUGGGUCAUUGGCUCAGUGGGGGCACAGUAGGGAGCGGGGUGGGAGCGCUGGCUGUGGGCCAAGCUUGG